CACAAGUCAUUUCAGUGAACGUUUCGAUAAUAGAUCAAAAAUAAUUUUAAGUGAAUGCAGCCAUUCGGUGUCUAACGUCAGUCGAGGAAGAAAACAAUAACAAAGCGGGCUGUAAGAGUAUUUAUCGUCAAAUAAAAUAAAUCUAAAUGCAUAAUGGAAACUCCUGAUAAAGAAAAAAAUAAAAAAAAAAUCUCAAAAAAAGCUUAAAAAGGAUAUUGCAGCUUAUUUGCGCCAAAGAUAAAAGGCGAAUGCUAGAAGAAGAAAGUUUUUGGAUAAGAUGACUGAAGAGCAGAAAGAAAUUAAACGGGCUAAGGACAGAGAAUAUUAUAGAAAACAAGGCGAGGCUGGUCAUGGUAAAGGCCCAAUGGAUGGUGUAGGAGGAUACCUAAAAAGAACAGCUGACAGACAUGUCUUGAUGGGUGAUGAUGUUAGAACAGCCUCAGAAUUCGCCGAUUUGUUCAAAAAUGCUGCUAUCGAAGUAAAAGUAAUCCCAGAAGACAACGUGAUUUAGGAGAAAAACCGCGUUCCGAAGACUCUGGAUGCUAUUCCAGGUAUAAUGGACAUCACAAAAGUGUACUGGCAAAAAGGACUAGACGUUUUAAUACAAUUAUAUCGAUACGAACAUUUUCAUAAAGAGCUAAAACUAUCGAGGCUUUCUAGCCUUUGUAAUAUGAGUGCAGUUGAACCUGAGGAAGUUUUAAUGCCUGCAUUUGAAUCUCCUGUUGACGAAGAGCCCAUAAUCACAGAUAACGAUUUGAGAUUUAAAAAUAGAGUAAGCAUCUAUGAAUCUGAAUACUGGUCAUCUUCCUCGGACAAUGAAGAUUUAGAGACAAUAUCUCGUCGUCAGCAGAUUAAAGUUAAACAGAUUGAUGUUGAAGCAAAUACGUCUUAUUGCAAAGAAUCCAAAUCUCGUAUCCCCUGGGACAUUAUUGCUUGUUAAAGUUCCUACUGAGAAGCCAAAUAUUUGCUUCAGAUAUGUUGCUACCUGCCAGACAUGUGUCGAUGACGAUGAUGAAGAAAUCUUAGUACCCUUUUUGAUAUCUGUGCGUAACAAUAUUAGAAAA